GUGAGCACGUUUGUUCCUAGAGGACUCACCAGGUCACAUUCAGCCACACAGGACCUUCGGGUCCAGAACCCAGAGGGCUGGACCGCUCCGCUUGCUGUAGCAUGGGGCCCUGAGUGUCUGCAGAGGAGACGGUGUCCUGUGAGCACAGCUCAGACGCGUUAUCUGCUUCCAAGGCCACCGCUUCCUGCUGGAGCAUAUUGGUUUGUGAUGAACUCCCACGUCAGAGACAGUCUGGAUCCGGACUCACGUUUUAACAUCGCAGCCUCUAACCACAUCUUCCCAUUGGUUGAGGUUGGCUGCGUGAUUUCCAUGUUUCCAUCCGAUGCUUAGGAGGCUCACAUCAUGUGGUCCAGUCCAAAUGUAAUAGGUUCUGACUGGCCCACACGUAUCGAGCGCUCUGGCAGACGCGAUGUGCAGCUCGUCCUGUCAGGAGGAGCCCAGAUCUGUGGAGAGCGGCGCCGUGCUGAACAUGAGCCUCCCAGCGGUGCAGCCGUCCUCUCCACCUGCUGAGGACCCGGUCACGCCCCCACCCGUCACCACACCUCCACGCAAGGCUUCAGUCCGCCUGCAGGAGCGGCGAGGCUCCAACCUGUCGCUGCUGCUGGACGUCAGCAGCCUGGCGCUGGAGCCCGUCUGCGCCGUCACCACCCCGAAGGAGGUGUGGCUCCAGCUGCUCCACACCUCCAGCCGCCCGCUCACGCAUGCGGCGCUGCAGCAGGCGGCUGCUGACGUCAACGCGCUCAAUGAGGAGUAUCAGAAAAUCCCUCCAAACUUUGUGAGCGCUGCGGAGCUGGACGUCCCAGGACACAUGAUGAAAGACAGAUACAAAAGCAUCCUGCCAAACCCUGAGAGCCGCGUGAUCCUUAGGAGCCCGGAGGAGGAGGCGGGGCCCAACCGCUACAUCAACGCCAACUACAUCAGGGGCUACCGGGGGGCUCCCAGGGCCUACAUCGCCACCCAGGGCCCCAUGCUACACACUGUGGCGGACUUCUGGGACAUGGUGUGGCAGGAAAGGAGUAGCAUCAUCGUCAUGGUGACCAGACUCAAGGAGAACAACGAGAAAUGUGAGCUAUACUGGCCCACAGCCCAAGAGAAGGACAAAGACGAAAGGAAGAGGACAGAAGGGAGGGAGGACGGAGAGACGGGCCAGUUCGGCAGGUUCUCCUCAGAUGUGACGGACAGCCAGGAUAGGCGGGGGUUCUCUGUCACCGACAUGGAGAUCCAGUUGUGUUCGGAGUGUCGUCCUCUCAGACACUAUUGGUUCACCUCCUGGCCCGACCACCACAUCCCACAAUGCACCGCUCCUCUGCUCAGGCUGGUGGAGGAGGUGGAGACGUACAGCAGGUCCCGCCCACCGCCCAGUGAUCGGCCAAUCACGGCCCCUGGCGCAGGUGCAGGACCAAUUGUCGUCCACUGCAGUGCUGGGAUAGGCCGCACCGGCUGCUUCAUAGCCAGCAGCAUCUGUUGUGAGCAGCUCAGAGACACGGGCCAGGUGGACAUCCUGGAGACAGUGUGUCAGCUGCGCCUGGACAGGGGAGGCAUGAUCCAAACCACAGAGCAGUACCAGUUUCUGUACGCCACACUGGCCCAGCACAGCUCCCAGCUACAGCGCAAGCAGGAGCAGAACCUGCUCGGUGCACAGCAGAACUCAGACCAGCAAGUCAGCAUACAGCUCCAGAACCUGCAGCUGGACAGUACACAAAGCAAGACCAGGGAGGCCUCAGAACCACUCACACAGUGAAUGCAUUGAUUAUAAUGAGCAGACAUCACCAGCAGCAAAACCCAAAGAACUGAUGCCGUUAAAAAGUAAGACUUUGGGAAUCUGCAGCCAUCACACAAACCUAACAUCCCAGAACAGAACUAAUCAACAGAGAAAAAAAGCUUGUGGAAAAUGUCCCAUAAAUAUUAACAAAAGUCUAAGUCAAAUAAAAAAGAAACAUUCUCUGCCACAGUCAUGUGGCAUAUGUUUUCUUACCAAUUUGAACUAAAACAAUUAAAUUCAGCUCUGGAAAUAAGAAUAGAAACUUACUAACAUUUUAUAUAGAAUAGACAUUAAUAUUCCUGUUUAAGUCAUUAACAAAGCUUGUUACUCAUUCAACUUCUUGUUAUUCACCAUUUUGUGAUGAUUUUGUCUCCUUUUUGUUCCUAUUUGUUUUGUGUGUUCUUAUUUAUUGUGAGCUUCCUUCUAUGCGUUCUGCUGACAGCUGCUAUCGGUGUGGUUGUAUGUGUUUCCCUCACAUUUUGUUCUCCAGGGUAAUAACCACACGCUACCAUUAAACCAGAUUUAAAUUUCUUAAUUCUGUGCCUUUAAGUAUUUAAUAUUUACAUCAUUUGAUCCAAUGUUUUGGGAAACCUUAAAGCAGGCGUACAACCUCCUGCUUCACUGCAUCAUGUCAAUUCCCACAGUUUAAGCCUUUAAUUAACUAAUUGAGCUGGAAAACACUCAAAUUAUUACUGCAUGAAGCAGAGUAAUGCAUUAAUUCUAAAGUAUGUCAAUGUUUUUACGAUACUGCAAAAUUAGAAAUUUGUAUAGCAGGAAAUUUAGAAUUUUUAGUUUCUACAGAAUUAGAUGCAGAUGGUCUCGGCCAGGAAGGUCUUGUGUUCGAUGUCUGGUCGCCCAGGUUUACAGCGCCACUCUGUGCGCAGCAUGGCGCCAUCUAGUGGCUUAACCCUGCAGGUCCAGCACAACCUGCGAAUCUGUGAUAAUUGCCUAUAAAUUAAUACGUGCAUGUGUUUAUUAUGAGUUGCAGCUUUUCUAGAUUGAGAAAAGGAUAAUUAACUGAUUGGUGCUUAAGACUGUAAAGUUCUCAUCAGCGAGUGAUGUCUGUUACCUUCCGCACUGGUCGCCGUUUACAGCCUUUGCUGCAUAAAUUAAGGCCUAGUCCAGGUACUAAUGAGCCAAACAGCAACAUGGACACUCUUAUAGAAAUACUGAUUAGUGUAUUUAUUUUCGUUUAUUAAAAUAUUGUUUUCUACUUGUUAUGUCUAGUGUUCUGAAUGUGUUAUGAUUAGAUUUUUUGUAUUUUGUAUAAACUCAGCUGAUGCAAAGCCUCUGGAAUUACCUAUGAAAUGUACAAACAGCGCUGCCUUGUCUCCAAAAUAAAGUAAAAUACAGAAAUAAAA